GGCAAUACAAUAAGCUAUUCAUAAUACAUAACUUUACAGUGAAUAAAAGAAUAAAGUUUUCAAAAUAUUAAUUGUCGUGUAGAUAUUUAUAGUUCAUUACUCAUGUGGUAUAGCAAACAGUCCGUUUCUAAUAGCAGUAAAAUUAUGCAGCUUUAUUGUUAAAUGUUACACCGUCUGGUUUCAGAAAAAAACGAUGGUUUUAACCGAUUUAGAAUGCGUAGACUGUUCUUUGUUUUCGCUUGAGUAAAUCGCCACACGUAAUAAAUAAUGGGGUUUGACGAUAUACUGUCGGUGUUCCGAACACAGAAGAGAAUCAACGAUGAUAUCAUAGACAGAUUAAGUCACCAUUGGACAGUUCUUAUACUCGCCAUCUUUGCAAUCAUCACCUCUACCAGCCAGUAUGCCGGGGAUCCAAUACACUGUUGGUGUCCAGCCGAAUUCACAGAUGCGUUUGUCGAUUAUGCAGAAGCUGCAUGUUGGGUUAAAAAUACCUAUUACAUACCAAUUGACGACGAAAUACCCCUUAUGCCAUCUCAAAGAAAGGAUGCGGAGAUUCAGUAUUAUCAAUGGGUUCCAAUAAUACUGGUGUUCCAGGCAUUUUUGUUUAAACUGCCAAACAUCUUUUGGAAAAUGCUACAUAAAUCUGUUGGCAUCAAUAUAGACAAGGUGGUGAAGUUGGCCGACAAUACAGCUGUUGUAUCACCAGAUGAUAGAGAGGAGGCCAUAAGCAACCUGGCGAACUGUGUUAAACGUUGGCUCGACAUUUCAAAACAGAAAAGGCGACACAAAAUAUUCAAAGGCAAAUUCAAUGUUGUUAAAUGGUGCUUUUGGAAGAAACAUUCUGGGAGGUGUUUAAUUUUCCUGUACUUGAUAACUAAAUUGCUGUUCUUACUGAACGCGAUCGGCCAGUUCUUUUUAUUAGACGCCUUCAUGGGUUACUCGUUCCAUCGCCUUGGAAUUGAUUUCUUUUCCGCUGCAAGCAAAGAAGAGGGUUUUAAAGGUAUUUCUAGAUUUCCUAGAACUACUCUUUGUGAUUUUAAGAUCCGGCAGCUGUCAAAUAUCCAAACCUGGACAGUUCAAUGUAUUCUAUCUGUAAAUUUAUUCAGCGAGAGAAUCUUUGUAUCGGUGUGGUUUAUACUGGUUUUUGUAGCGUUCUUCACAGCCUGUGGCCUCUUCAAGUGGAUUCGGGAUACCUUCUAUGUGAAAUCCAAGGAAUCCUUUGUUAAUCAUUACCUGAAGGUCCACGACCAAAUACACGACGACAAGGAUAAAAAGUUACUUAAGAGGUUUCUGUCCAGCUUCUUGGGCUUUGAUGGCCUUUUUAUUCUAAGAAUCGUGUCGCAGAAUUCUUCGGAAAUAUUCACAGGAGAUCUCAUCCUAAGACUUUGGAAAGAAUAUAAACAUCCUGAAGAUGAUUUUGCGAAUGGGGAUUCGGAUAUUGAUAAAGAACCAAAGUUGAAUGGAAUGGGCUAUGAUCCAGACAAAAGGGCGGACACACUUUAAUGUUUCAGUAGUGUGGAAUUAGUACUUGUAAUAUUGUUUUAGUAUGUUUAAUGUAUUGUUAGUAUAAACCAAAACGAUACAACAAUAAUAGUAUAAAUAUCAUUCUUAACCGAUAUGGCUAUCUAACAGUAUUUAUAAUCAUGGCUUAGAGAGCAAGGGGUUGGCGGAUUAUUAUAAUUUUUUAUUUUUUUUUUAUUUUUUUAGAAAUAUAAUUACAGUCGACUUGCACGAAAAAAUGAUUGUUACUAUCGAUAUAUUAAAUCGAUAGAAUCCAAUAGAAAUUUGAAUGGUCCGAACUAUAAGUAAAAUGGGCGAAUUUGAAUAAUCAUUGAACCAGAAUGUUUUUAAAUAAAAAUACCUUUAAUUGUG